UUUCCUAUGACUUUGCCACCACGCUACUCCGUCCGUUGCAGCUUUCGACAAACAUGGCGUACUACGGUCAACAACAUCCACAACACGAUCAGAAUUUCCUAUGGAAUGUCUUCCAGAGAGUGGAUAAAGAUAGAAGUGGUGGGAUCUCGACUAACGAACUCCAACAGGCGCUGUCAAAUGGGACUUGGACGCCUUUCAACCCGGAAACUGUACGACUCAUGAUAGGAAUGUUUGAUCGUGACAACAAUGGAACUAUUAAUUUUCAAGAGUUUGCAUCUCUGUGGAAAUACAUAUCCGAUUGGCAGACCACAUUCAGAAGUUAUGACAAGGAUAACUCAGGAUCAAUAGAUAAGAGAGAGCUGCAAACAGCCUUGACUAGUUUUGGUUACAGGUUAUCAGAGAGAUUUUAUGGUAUUUUGAUCAAAAAGUUUGACCGCAGUGGCAAAGGAGUUGUCAACUUUGAUGAUUUUAUUCAGUGCUGUGUUAUAAUACAGAUGUUGACAAGUGCUUUUCAGGGCUUUGAUACAAACCGAAAUGGAUGGAUUACCAUAAACUAUGAACAAUUCCUAUCUUUGGUGUUUAGUUUGAAAACCUAAAAGAUGCAUUCUACUUCUUCAACUACAAUGCUAUAGCCGUAUUUAAAUAUUUUCUAGUCUUGUUCUUGUUUCAUAUAAAAGGCUUGAAAUAACAAGUAGCGGUUGUUUGGUAAAAAAGAAAACUUCAAAACUUUUGUCCUUAUGAUAGUGAUUGGUUACUGCAAGUCUUGUAGAUGUGAAUGUUCUUUCUACGGUUUGGUUGCUUUUGUUAACUUUUUAGCUCCUGUGAGUGACCAAAACAGAAUUUCUCCUUACAAUUUCAAUAUAACUUCAUGCAGACAACUGAUGAGAAUAAGUAAAAAUAUAAAUCAGGGGAUUAUUAGUUGAUCCAGUACCAAAUUCUUCAAACUUACAUAAUAAGAAUUGCAGGGCAGACAGUAAGGAGAACUGCUAACGAUAACUUGGGAGUGAAAGGGUUAAGUGUAUAAAAGUGAUGUCUAAACCUUAAAUUUCCAUGAUCUGAUUGGUAAUUCUCCCCUCCAGCUACUAUGCAUUUCCCUUUGAAUAAGGAAUAAGAAUUUUGGUUGGAUCAAGAUAACAACUUCUACCUGAUAAGUUUUCGUAUUCUCAUUACCUGCUAGCUGGAUAAUGUAUGGACAUUAUAGGGUCAUUAUAGGUGUCAUGUGAAUCACUUCUUGGAGUUAAUCUGCUAGCUCUCUGUUCCAUGUUUACUUGUAUGUUAAUAUCUUUGUAAUCUUACCUGGUAAAGUUCAUCAUGAAAAACAGGUAUUAGGCUUAUUAGGUAUUGGGCUGUAUACUCCCUCUACUAUAUCUGUUUGGUCAGAGUUUAUCUUAUCUAAUAUAUGGUAUUUGUUGGAGUGGGUAGAGUGAGAAAAGAAAACUAAAGGAAAAUUAUAGAAUGGUUUUUUUUGUCACUCAGCACAUUUUCUGUAUCGCAAUAGAAGUCAUGUGCAGUGUACUAGAAACAUGGGCAUUAAAAUAAUGUGUGGACCACAUUGUGAUCUUAUGUACCAGCCGUAGCAGUUAUCUCUCAACCAGUUUGUAGUUAUUUUCCCGUCAAAAUCUGUCACACAAUUGUAAGCCAUUUGGCAUGCCAUGAUAAAAAGAUCCCAUUAAAUUUUAAAUUUUAAACAA